UUGGACUGUCAAAUUGUUGAUCAUACAUCCUUCAGCGUCACAUUGUGUCGCCACCAAAAGUAAUGAUGCGUCAAAAUCAAUGGAUAUUGAGGACCAUAUGCCUCUUCGUAUGCACAAUUGAAUGUCAUGCCUCCGUGGCCAACAAGUGGCCGUUGGACCUAGUGAGCAAUGGCUAUGAAGAACUUCUUAUUGCCAUUCACCCAGAUGUUGCGGAAAACCAGACGCUCAUUGAUGAUAUCAAGUCAACGUUCACUGAUGCAUCUGCUUCACUAUUCAGAGCUACAAAUAAUCGUGCUUUCUUCCGGAACAUCACGAUUCUAGUUCCGGAAAAAUGGUCUAAUAUGCCUGAAUAUGUUCCUGUAACUGGUGAGACAUUUGACCUAGCACAUGUUCGCAUUGCUGGGCCUAAUGCUCUUUAUGGAGACGCACCAUACGUAAAACAACUGACUGGCUGCGGAGAAGGAGGGGAGUUCAUGCAUCUUACUCCAAAUUUCCUUCAAAGCAAAGUCACUUCACAGCAACAAUGGGGACCAUAUGGAAAGGUGAUCGUGCACGAAUGGGGUCAUUUGCGUUGGGGACUUUUUGAUGAGUACCCAAAGACCUCCGAAGGGGACAAAGCAUUUUAUUCAACUGGCGAGGGUUUUAGACCAUCUAGAUGUACGGAAGGCAUUCAAGGAACAUCCAAGAACAGAAAUACUGGCGGAAUAUGUCAAAUCAACUUUUUCACAUUUCUGCCCGAAGAUGACUGCAGAUUCUACCCAACUACGACAGGCAACACGGCAAAAGCCAGUCUCAUGUAUGGGCAAUAUAUUGAUUCGGUUGAAGAAUUCUGCAGCUCCACUAGCCUUGGGGUGAAACACAACGCGCGAGCAUCUAAUAAACAGAACAGAUUGUGCAGUUCUAAAAGCUCAUGGGAUGUCAUGCUCGAACAUACCGAUUUCAAGGAUGAAAGCAAUCCAUCUAUAGUGGACUACUCUGAAUAUGAGGAGGGAGAGAGUGAACCCACUGACACCACGCCUACAUUCAAAAUUGUCCAAUCGGUUACAAGAAAAGUUGUACUUCUAUUGGAUGUAUCAGGAAGUAUGAGUGGCGAGCGAUUAGAGAAGAUGCGCCAGGGAGCAUUCAACUAUUUGAACACCCUCCCAGAUGGGACGUCUAUUGGUAUGGCAAAGUUCAGUUCAUCAGCCACAAAACUGAGUUCAAUGCGGGAUAUAACGAACCAGACUGUGCGUGAUGAACUCACAGCUCUAGUACCCGAUGCAGUGGGUGGAUGGACAUGCAUUGGAUGUGUCCUACAGAUGGGAUACGACAUUCUGACAGAAAAUGGUGGAAACCCAAGUGGUGCUGAGAUGCUUUUGCUGAGUGACGGUGAAGAGAAUAGGUCCCCCGUGAUUGCCGACCUCCAACCAAUACUUGUGUCGAAUGGGGUAAAGGUUGACGUCAUAGCGUACAGUGCCGCCGCAGAUCUUGACAUGAGUGCAUUGGCCACUGCUACAGGGGGAGCGUCCUACUUCUACUCCGGUGCCGCAUCAUCUACAGCUCUCAACGAUGCCAUGAGUAGUGCGGCGCAAGACAGCACCCAAACCGAUAGAAUAGUUGUGAUAGCGAGUGCUGCAAUCACCAUUGGGGCCAUGGAAACCUACAACGGAACGUUCACAUUGGAUUCCAGUAUAGGAAAGGACACGUCGAUUUCGCUGUCGUAUGACACAAUUGUCUCCCUGAUAGUGUAUUCCCCAGAUGGACAGAAUUUCACCCUCGACAGCGCAGAGUUCCAGCAUUAUCCCGCGUUCAAAGUCUUCCGAGUUCUCUUUGCUCAGGCUGGCCCUGGACGAUGGAGAUACGACAUCACGGCUGGUAAUGCAAUCAGCAAGAUCCAACUCAAUAUUCACUCGAGCGCCAGUAGCGACCUAGGAGCGAUCUCAGCCAUACCUAUGAUCUCAAGCUCCACGGCAACGUUCUCCGAUAACAUGACAUUCAGCAUCUACGCCGAGGUAACGCAAGGAGGCUUUCCGGUGGUGAAUGCCAAUGUGAAAGGAUUGAUUGAGUGCCCAAUUAAUGAUGUAGUUGUUAAACUUCAAUUGAAGGACAAUGGUGCAGGUGCUGACAUUACUAUGAACGAUGGUGUCUAUUCUGCAUUCUUCAUGGCCACCGACGCCAACAGUAACGGCAGGUACAGCAUUAAGGUUCAGGUUACCAACAAGGAAGGAACACAAGUCCAAGUAUCCGGAAUGGCUGAAGGUGCAGCCUCUGUUGGCCUUGAAGGUAAUAUGGAUGCCACUUACUCAAACGUUAGUGACCUUAGUCGAACAGCAUCGGCUGGAGCCCUCACACUCAAUGGAUUCCCAUACGUGGGCUAUGUUGCGUCGGAUGUUAUUGCACCAUCUAGAAUCACCGAUUUGGCGGUAGUUGAAGUAUCUGACGUGGCCAGUAGAGCAACGCUGCAGUGGACUGCAGUAGGAGACGAUUUGGACCAGGGGACUGCAACUCGCUAUGAGAUACGUGCAGCGGAGAGUUUUGAUGACCUAUUCAACAUGGUCAACUACACCACAAUGCCCGAUAUGCUGGUCGUAUCUGGAAAUCUGACGACUCCCAAAGCGAGUGGUGAAACGGAGGUUGUCACCAUUCUGUUCCCUAGCGUGAGCGCGUCGACGUUUUCGUUCGCCGUAGUUGCAAUUGAUGAACGGAACAACACAGGUGACAUGUCAAAUAUCGUUACAGCCUCCUCCGUCUAUUCCACCGAUGACCUAGGUCUUGGAGGGAGUGGUACAACGUCUCUCACCAUCACAACAUCUCUCAUGCUAAUGGUUGUCGGUGUUUGGUUGGUAAUUUGAGACAUACCAUUUCUACAUGUACGUCGGAUGGCGAAUUGUAACGUUUGCUAUUCAAUGUACUGUAUAUGAGAGGUUGCAUCGCGGAUAUAUACAGUAUCCGACUUUAUAGGUGGUUAACUCUCGAUAAGACCUCUUUUCAUCUGCCCAUUACAUCUCAGACUUAAGGAAUACCAGCAAGUUCAAAUACAUACGAAUAAGUAUGAAGACAACAAAAUAUAUUGAAUUACCUCAUGUAGUGACGAACUGCAGUCUUCAUUAAAGAAGAAAUACAUGUAGGCAUAUGGUUAAGACUUAGACCCUAGGACUCAUUCUAACGAGAUGGGUGAAUUCAUUGUGUGGCAGCAUAUGAAUAAAUAACUCAGUACAAAAUUUUCCUGUAAUUCUUUAUUAGGCUAAGUAUAGUAAAAUAAAAUCCAAUUUAGAAGUUAUAUCGUUUACUAGUGAUUUAUAAAAAUACAAGUAUGCAUACAGGGUGUACGAGAGUAUGGGACCCCUCCCCCUAGGAGACAUAAACCAAUGUCCCUAUAGUACAUGU